AAACACAACUAUAAAAUUUUUAAGCAAAAAUUAGUACGAUGUAUGUGGCGCAGCGUUUAGUAAAAUUUUCAAUAUUCUGCCCUCAGCAGGGCCUUGCCAGAACAUUUGUAUAGGCUAUAGACAUGUGUAUAAUAAGAAGUCUUUUAAAAAAGUUACUCAUUGUAUAUUUGACAUGGACGGAACCGUUUUGCAUACAGAGAUAUUGUACCAUGAAAUGAUAAGAGAAAUAUGCGAAAAAUAUAAUAAAAAGUACUUAAAAGACCUACAAGCUAAGUUAUUUGGAUCUACGGAUAGGGAAAUUUGUGAAAUUAUCGUCAAAACACUGAAGUUACCGAUAUCCGUGGACGAGUUUGAACUUCAGGUUAAUGCUAUUGCGGCAAAAGUCAUGCCGGGUGCUCCCCUAAUGGAAGGUGCUGAACGGCUGCUGACCCAUCUCCACGAUCACAAGAUACCGAUGGCACUAGCCACGAAUUCCACAGAGCAGGCGGUUAGACUUCACGCAUCAGCUCGCCCCAAGCUAUUUGGACUAUUUGACCACAAGGUGAGCGUGACAGACCCAGAAGUGUACAGGGGCAAACCGUAUCCAGACAUCUACUUGGUGGCAGCAUCCCGUUUUCCGGAUAAACCUAAACCGGCACAGUGUCUCGUCUUCGAAGAUUCAGCGAUAGGAGUGCAAGCUGCUAAGGAAGCUGGAAUGCAGGUUGUAAUGAUACCAGAGAAUCGCUUGAGUCGGGACCAAACCCGCCACGCGACUUUGGUCAUCAGGUCUAUGUUGAAUUUCCAGCCGGAACUGUUUGGUCUUCCGCCGUUCGAAGACAGGCCACAAAUAAAGCGAAUUGAAUAGAGGGUCUUUUAUAUUUAUGAAUUGUAAUGUUUGUUAUUAAUUUGUUUAAAGUUUAAAUAAACGCUUUUAUGAUCCAGAA